AUGGAGAAAAGCAAAAACCUGAUAAGUUUCCUUCUGAUACUUCUUUUGCCAUAUGGAAAUGCAACGCUGUCCAAGCCUAAAUGGCCUAAAGCUAGCAAACACUUUGUGCUAGUUCACGGGGCAUGCCAUGGAGCCUGGUCUUGGUACAAGAUUGUAGCAUUGAUGAGAUCUUCAGGGCAUAAUGUCACAGCUCUUGACUUGGGUGCUUCAGGGAUCAACCCGAAGCAGGCCAUUGAAAUCCCUCAUUUAUCUGAUUACUUCAGUCCGCUAACAAAAUUCAUGGCUUCUCUUCCUGCAAAUGAAAAAGUGGUUCUUGUAGGCCAUAGCUUAGGUGGAUUGGCCAUAUCUAAAGCCAUGGAAAGCUUUCCUGAAAAGAUUCCAGUUGCUGUAUUUGUCACUGCUCUAAUGCCUGGUCCAAAUCUCAAUGCAACCACACUAUUCACUGAGUCUUCCAGUGGAAUACUAUCUCAACUCGAUAAUAUUCUUACAUAUGACAAUGGACCUAACAGUCCUCCAACAACCCUCAACUUGGGUCCGAAAUACUUGGCAAGUUAUCUUUAUCAAUUGAGCCCCAUUCAGGAUUUGGCACUGGCAACUACAUUAGUAAGGCCAAUAUACUUGUACAGUCCGGAAGACAUAUCAAAGGAGAUGGUUCUUUCAAGCAAAAGGUAUGGAUCAGUUAGGCGAGUGUUCGUCGUGGCUCCUGAAGAUAAAGGUCUGACUAAGAAAUUCCAGCUGAGUAUGAUUGAAAAGAAUGCACCAGAUGAAGUGAAAGAGAUCUCAGGCUCUGAUCACAUGAUCAUGAUGUCUAAGCCCCUUCAACUUUUUACUACUCUUCUGCACAUCGCCAACCAGUGAGAAGCUAUCUUGAUAGCAUAACCGAACUUGUGAUCACAUGAUAUCAAGAAUAAAAGCAUACUUGAAAUAAUAAAACCAUUAUACCUCUAUAU